UAAAUUAUUGUAGGAGUUUAAUUUUACUAGAGUUUUACUGGGUAUAGAAGAAAUCCUUUUCUAUGCUUGAAUGAAAUUAAAUUCAGUUCUUGUAGUUGGAGAGUUGGAGAGGAGAAUAAAAACUAAAUAAAGAGAUUGAAAUAGUAACGGCUAGUUGGGGUUGCUUGGGAUGAAAGUAUUCCUCUGAGUCGGUGAUCACAAAACAGAGAGUGAGAGUCUCUCCGUCUCCGUAUGGGAGUUGGAGAGUGAUGUAUAUAUAUAUAUAUAUAUCCCACUUAGGCAAGAAAAAACUAAACGCAAAAAUACUUUCUCUUCAAGAUUUCAGUACGCAAAAAUACUCUCUCUUGAAGAUUUCAGUAGUCAUGGCCAUGGCUAUGCUUUUGGGUUUAGAUGCAAGAACUCGUGUGGCUAUGGGGUUAGAUGCUAACCCUCGUAUGGGUUUGAAGAGGACUCUCUCUUCUGCUUCUGCUUCUGGGUUUCCUUCAAAGCAGCAAGAUGAUGGCGACAAGAAGGAAGCAAUCUCAACGUUGUCUUCUGCUGCCAGUAAUAGUGCCGGCAACGAGAAGGAAGCGAUCUCAACGUUGUCUUCUGCUGCUAGUAAUAUUGCCGAGAAUGGUGAAAAGAAAGAGAGGAUUGUGGUCAAGAUUAAUUUGGCUGCAUGGCGGAAAAGGAAAGCGCAAAAGGAGGAAGAGGAGAAGAGGAAGUCAUUGGAGUUGAAACUUGAAGCGUCAAAAAGAAAGAUACAACUUGGAUACCAACAAGUUCAAAAGGCCAAAAGAAAGAUUCAAUUGGUGGAUUUGAGAGACAUCCCUAAGCCUGAGCCAGAGAUUAAUCUUUCCAAGAAAUCCAAGUUCCAUCACCUUCAUUGAUGAUCUACAUGUUUGAUGAUGAUUCUUUUUGUAUAUGAUUUUUGAAUUCUUUGUACUUAG